AAGUUCUUGCGGUGUUCGCUUUCUGACAACGUGAGGAGAUCCUAGGCCAAAUUUUGGACGAGGGACUCAGAUUUCUGUGCAGAGUGGUUGUAGUCUUACAGGCAUUACACCAGCCUCACGUCAGUACUAGUCUGGUCGGUAGCUGCUUCGUGCGUGACCUCUAGCAUGAACUCUCCACCAUCUGACGCCAUAGACCGAAUCCUGGAAGAACUAGCGUCGAAUAAACUCCCUUCCACUUCGCUAGCCUCAGACCCUGCUAGUAAGUCCGUCUCUAGCUCUGUCGGGAGAGCAGACAGCGGCGAUACCCGGACGGAUCUCGUCCGUUCAGGAAACGAUCGGACGGUCCAAAACGCCGCUGAGACAGUUACCUCUGCCAGGAGCCUGGCCGCGUCGGAAGCUCCAGACAACCUCGUGGCGGUUAGCGGGGAUGUUAAUGGAGGGUCAGGAAAACGGAAAAUAAAGAGCAGUAGCGAGUUCGCGUCUACAAUGGCGAGUCUCAUGUCGUCGGGAUAUCAGUCAGCGUCGGAUUCCAUCAAUGCGUCGCCGUCAUGCACGCCGACUACCCAAUGGACCGGCACUUUGGGGAAGAAACCAGCACCUCCCAAUAGCUCCAGCAGGGCCAAGGGAAUCGCGGACCUGGAGCGAGAGAUGGAGGAGCUUCGAACGAGCUACCAGCAGGUGUGCGAGGAGAGGGAUGCUCUGGAAGAUUUGCUGCUGCAGGAGCAGCUGAAGAACCGAACGCCAGCGGACAAGCAACUAGAGGAGGCCAAGGCGCAUGCAGCAGCGUUGGAGCUGGAGCUCAGAUCCAUGGCUGCCAGAUGCGAGGAAUGGAAGCGGCGGGCAGCGCAGCGGGCAGCUGAAAUGAAUCCAGCCAUGGUGCAGGCAUUGCUGGAGGAGAGGCUGGAAGACCUGGACGAGUCAGGCACGAUUAAGAUACAGAUGGAGGUGGCUCGCCUGCGGGACGAGCUGGCCAAGUCCGAGGUGCUGCGCUUUGAGCUCUUCCGCAACGCACAGGACGGACCAGCCACCAGUAGCAAGUGGGAGGCGGAGGAGGAGGGGCUCAAGCAGCAGAUGGAGGAGGUGGAUGCGGGCAGGGAAGUCAACAGUAAGAGCAUUGAUGAGAUUCCAGAGAGCACUGUGUGGAGAGACGCUAACAGCAUGGAGGAGGCGGAGGACUUGAUGCAGGAGCUGCUGGAAAUGGGGCAGGCGUCUCUGAGCCAGCAGGACGUGGAGCGGCUGUCGGAGGCAGUUGAGGCAGCAGAGCACAGAGCAGUGGAGGCAGAGAGGAGAGCAGCGCAGGCAGAGAAAGAAGCUGCUGAGAAGGCACUGCAAAUAAGGAUGCUGGAGGCUAAGCUAACAGCAUUGCUGGGAGAUCCGUCCUCAAUCGAAGCCAACUCCUUCCACGGCCACAUGUCUUCAGCCUCACUCGGCAUCCGCCCUUGCCCCGUCCCCUCUGCCUCUUCCACUGGUGACAGCGGCUCUCUUGCUGCCACCACUGCCACACACACUCCACCCGCCGCCACUGCUGCCUCUGUCCAUGGGGUGUCAAGGCGGAAGGACGAGGGAGCUUGGGAGAGUGUGGGCAGGAGGGAUUCAGUGGUGGUGGUGGGAAGUCAAGAUGGCGCUAGUGCUGUUGGCAAGGAGAUGGGUGGGAGCAGGGGGAGUGGGACAGAGGUGGAGAGCAGCGGGGGUGAGAGUGGGGGGGAGAGUCUCAAGGAACUGACAGCAGCACAGGUUGCAGAUGUCGAGGAGAUUCGGCAGAUUGUUAAUCGUGUUCAGGGGCAAAAUCGAUUUACACAUUUACUCCUUACGGUCGUCUUUGCUGCAUCGGUUCCUCGGGUUGUUGACAUGGUCAAGAACCUUCUGAGCAGUAAACAAAGGCCACGAUACACACGGAUCACACAUCGGGCAGCCCGGUCUGAAACAUUCGGGGAACGAUGACCACUUCAGAAAACGUGACAUUGGUUGUUGAUUCCAACCAUCAAGAUAACCAACCGCCAUACGAUGGGUAGCCAAUCAUCAAGUGCGAGUGUACUAUUAUUAAUUCAUAACCUAGGUGCACAUGGGAUUUGCAAGCUUAAUACAGACUUACUAGCUGUAUAGAAUGACGUUCUGUUAUGCAUACGUAGGGUAUGCACGUAUGGCAAAAGGGAAUAUUUCGCAUCGGCUACAUAUAAAACAUAUGAGGGUGU